UUUAACAAAUUUGAAUGGUGUGGUGUCUGUACAACAAUGUAUAACAGUUCAGCUAACAGACGGAUACAACACUUGUUUAGAAUUUUAAACAAUGUGACUCCUCGUGUUGUUAUUAAUAACCUUAGAAGUUAUACUUCUGAAGAUACAGUUUCCAUUGGUAAUGUUGUUAAAGAUAUUAGACCAGCAAAACGACCUGAAUACGUGCCUAGAGGUUACGACCACUCGGAUACUACUCAAAGCACUUUACACCAUCUAAGAUGGAUGAUGCAAAAAGAUUUAUUGGGUCAAGAUAUAUUUCUAAUAGGACCACCGGGACCACGUCGCAGAUACAUUGCCAUGCAGUAUUUAGAGUUGACAAAUAGAGAACAUGAAUAUGUAGCAUUAAGUAGGGACACCACAGAGUCUGAUUUGAAACAAAGGAGGGAAAUUGUUGGUGGGACUUCGACGUAUUUUGAUCAAAGUGCUGUUAGAGCUGCCACAGAAGGAAGAGUUUUAAUUUUGGAAGGAGUUGAAAAGGCAGAAAGAAAUGUGUUGCCUGUUUUAAACAAUUUGCUUGAAAACAGGGAGAUGCAUUUGGAAGAUGGGAGACUGCUCAUCCCUGCCUCACGGUAUGAUUGGUUGUUAGAAAAAUAUGGUCUAGAAGAACUACAAAAAUGGAAUUUGGUCAGAGUAGAUGAUAACUUUAGAGUUAUUGCCUUAGGUUUACCAGUUCCAAGGUAUAGAGGUAAUCCCCUAGACCCUCCCCUAAGGUCCAGAUUUCAAGCUAGAGACGUGAAUGUUAAUAGUUAUCAGGAAUGGUAUGAACAUCUUCAAAAAGUUGCUCCAAAUGCACCAAAGGAUAAGCUCGACAGAAUAUUAUCUUGCGCAUUCGUUUUAUUAAGCAAAGAAAGUCAGGGUUUGGGUCUUCCCGAUUUUCCUAUAGAUAAUUUACCAAUUUCCGCAAAAAUUUUGGAACAAAAUCCUUCCCUUUCCCCGUACGAAGUAAUUUAUCGUAUUUACCCAUAUAAAACGUUUCUAAAAGAUGGAAUAAGUAAUUUAGAAAGCCUUUUGUCUAAAUUUGAUGUUACUCCACCCAGUGAAGGCGUGUUAAACAAUUUGGCAAACAAAAUCACAUCAUUCUUAAAACCUCCCACAAAUGGGCCCAACAAUUACAUUGAAACCAAAUACCAAAACAUUCUUUUAACUGAAAUGCUUGACACAGCCAAAGUGGCCGAUUUUUGCCUAGUUGGAUCUAGUGGUUGUGGUAAAAGUAUGCUGGUGAAUAAGAUUGCAGAAAUUGUAGGUCAACAAACUGAAAACAUCGUACUGUAUCAAGACAUGACAUCCAGGGAUUUAAUUCAACAACGUACAACGUUAGAAAACGGAGAUACAGUCUGGAGGUUCUCACCUCUCAUCAGUGCCGCUUUGGAAGGGAAAAUUGCUGUUUUAGAUGGUAUUAAUAGGAUUCAUCCCAGCACUUUAUCAGUGCUACAUAGGUUGGUUCAUGACAGAGAACUUCAAUUGCAUGAUGGAAAAAGACUCCUUGGAAGUAAACAAUACAAAAUAUUGCAAGACGAGUUUGGUAUGACCAAAAUGGAACUUACGGAAAAAGGAAUUUUAGAAAUUCACCCGAGAUUUAGAAUUAUUGCAAUUGGUGAGCCUCCGACGCUACAGUCUGCUGUUGGAAACUGGAUGUCACCUGAAGUGUUGAGUCUGUUUUUGUUCCAUGAAAUGAGAACUUUAAGCAAACAGGAAGAGAUGAAUAUAAUAACGUCAUUACACGGUCCAAUGUCCAGAGAAUUACAUAAAAUUGUUGAAUUGGCACACAUACUUAGAAACCAUCCAGAUUCUACUCUAAAUAAUCUAGCAGGACACUUAUCUACAAGACAAUUGUUAAGAAUAUCCAGUAGGAUGAAGCACUUCUCCGUCGACAUUUAUGAAACUAUCCAAGAAACAUUUAUGAUGCAGUUCUUACCAAAUCUAACGAGACAAGCUUUGGAAAAGACAAUAAGUCAACUGGGUAUACAACCCAAGAAUAUAUCUGAUUCGAGGUCGAUAAAAUGUGAAGUAAAGGAUGGCGUUCUUACCAUCGGCAAUUCUUCUUGUCCCAUACAUAAAACAACAAAUUUAUCGAAGGUACCGAGUAUUUUAUUUUAUGACGUCCCACAACAUUUGAAGCUCAUGGAGAAACUCCUACAAGAUUUCCAAUUAGGCCAACAUCUCCUUCUUGUUGGCAAUCAAGGUGUAGGGAAAAAUAAAAUCGUAGAUAGAUUCUUGGAACUUCUGAACCGCCCAAGAGAAUAUAUUCAACUUCAUCGAGAUACUACAGUACAAACUCUUACCACUCAACCCACAAUAAGAGACGGAAUAUUGGUACACGAGGAUUCUCCUUUGGUCAAGGCAGUCAAAAACGGCCUUGUUUUGGUUAUUGAUGAAGCCGAUAAGGCACCAACUCAUGUUACCUGUAUUCUUAAAACACUCGUCGAAUCUGGCCAAAUGAUAUUGAGUGACGGUAGACGAAUUGUGCCUUAUGGAAAUACAGAAUCGGAUAAUUUAAUUCCGAUCCAUCCGGAUUUCAGAAUUAUAGUCUUGGCUAACAGGCCUGGAUUCCCGUUUUUGGGCAACGACUUUUUUGGGGCUUUAGGAGACCUUUUCAGUUGCCAUGCCGUUGAAAAUCCAUCUCCUGAUUCUGAAAUCGAUUUACUGAAACAGUACGGUCCGAAUGUGCCUGAUCAGACUAUUAUGAAGUUGGUUGAUGUAUUUGGAGAGUUGAGGAAUAUGGCUGAUCAAGGAUUGGUUAGUUAUCCAUAUUCUACCAGAGAAGUUGUAAAUAUUGUUAAGCAUUUAGAGAAAUUUCCAAAUGCUGAUAUUGAAGAUGUUAUUUUCAAUAUAUUUGAUUUUGAUAAAUAUAAUCCCGAAGUCGUUGACACAUUAGGUGAAAUUCUUGUGAAGCACGGGUUUUCUGAUAAGAAUAUUCUUACUUCAGAGUACAUAGCUGCCAAAAGAGCCAGAGAGCACCUCCAAGUUACAGUAAACUCAAAAAGCGGAAAGGAUGUUUCUUCUCCAAAACACGGCAAGGAAGAUCCGAACAAUGAUCCCCAUGUAGGUGGAAACACAUGGGCAGGAGGAACUGGCGGGAGGGAUACUGCAGGGUUAGGAGGAAAAGGUGGUCCAUAUAGAUUAGACAAAGGCCAUAAAGUUCAUCAGCUAUCCGAUGAAGAGAAAAAUGCCGUACCAGAACACGUACAAAGGGCCGCUAGAGAAAUGGGCAGAAAAGCAUUCGAGGAAAAACUCAAAGAAAUUGGCAUGAGUGGAUAUGAUGCCAGUAUAUAUUCUCAAUUUUCAAAUUCAGUCCAAAAACAGGUUCAGUCUUUAAGGGUAAUUCUUUCUAACCUGCAAGCUAAAAAUAAAGAAAGGCAUUGGACGAGGCAUCAGACUUCAGGCGAGUUGGACGACGUGAAACUUAUUGACGGUUUAUUGGGUGAGAAGACCAUUUAUAGAAGAAGGGCGGAACAAGAGCCUGAGUUGGGUGCCCCUCAAAUGAAGCCAAAACUCUUUAGAAUAGUUGUAGAUGUGUCUGGAUCUAUGUACAGAUUCAACGGAUACGAUGGUCGCUUAGACAGAGAACUAGAAGCUGUGGUACUUAUGAUGGAAGCAUUGGAGGGAUUUGAAGAAAAAAUUAAAUAUGAUAUUAUUGGACAUUCUGGUGAUUCGCCAAACAUAAGUUUUGUAAAAAGAGAUAAGUCACCCAAGAAUAACAAAGAAAGACUAGAUGUAAUUAGAACAAUGCACGCACAUUCCCAAUAUUGUUGGAGUGGUGAUCAUACACUAGAAGCGACAGAAAUGGCUGUUAAUAGUUUAGCAGAAGAAGACUGUGACGAAGCCAUUUUAGUUGUGCUCUCCGACGCCAAUUUACAGCGAUACGGAAUCCCACCGUCUCACCUUGCAGCAGCAUUGACCGCAAAACCAAACGUUAGCGCUUAUGCUGUUUUUAUUGGAAGUUUGGGUGAUCAGGCUGAAAGGAUUUCACAAAGAAUGCCUGCGGGUCGGGCCUUCAUUUGCAACGACACUAGCGAAUUGCCGCAAAUUUUAAAACAUAUUUUUUCGUCCUCUGUCAAUAUAUAAUUGUGAUCAGGGAUUUAGAACAAUUGUACAUAAAUAAAUUAUUUUUAUUUAG